AAAAAUAGUUUAGCAUGUUUAAAUUAUGUUAUAGAUUCACAAAAACCCAUUUGCCAGUCUUUAAGCAAUAUCCCUUGCAUCCUAAAAUAUUGGAAAUCUUGGAUACUAAAGGCCUGCACACAGCCACACCAGUUCAAGAUAUGUUGUUCUCAUGUUAAGAUAAAGCAAGAUUAUUGAUUGGACCCACCGGAACAGGUAAAACUUAUGCUUAUCUCCUACCAAUCUUGGGGAAAUUGAAACAAGACGAGGAGGAAUAAAACAAAAUAUUGACUGAGUAAAAUAAACCAAGAGCAAUUGUGGUCGUAUCAACCAAAGAAUUGGCAGAAUAAGUGGAAGACGUAAGUUAAGAAUUCACUAAAGCAAUGAAGCUGAGCACGAUAGCAUUGGGUAAGGGCACUUUUAAAAGGGAAUAAAGUUAUUUAUAAGAAGGAGUCGAUUUGGUUGUCACUACAUUAGAAAGAUUGUAGAGACAUCGAAGUGCCUAAUCAAUAUAUCUCUCUAGAGUAUAACAUUAUGUGGUUGAUGAGAUCGACACACUAUUGGAUGCGUCUAUGUAGGAGGACUUAAAAAAAUUGGCUACUUAUUUCAAGGAUAAAGAUGCCAUGACCACAUAUUGUGGAGCCACCUAUAGUACCAAGGUUAAGAAUUUUAUAUAGAGUUAAUACAAGAAGGACAUAGCACUCCUAAUAGAAAAGCAAUCUCACAUGCAUCUUGAAAAUCUGUCUCAUGAUUUUGUACACUGCACUACUCUUGAUAAAAGUGAACCCUUUAUAGCAUUAUACAAGGAAUGCUAAACGAAAUUUAAAGGUUCUAUCAUUAUAUUUUGCAAUGAAAUUUCAAGUUGCCAUUUUCUAGAAUUCUUUUGUAAAAAGAAUGGAAUUAAGACUGUUUCCUUACAUGGUGAUUUACCCAAAGGAAUGAGAUCCUAAAAUGUUGCGGAAUUUCGAAGUCAGCAAUGUAAGAUUUUGAUUACUACUGAUUUGGGUGCAAGAGGGCUGGACUUCCCAUUUGUUGAUGCUGUAAUCAAUUUUGAUUUUCCCAAUUCAACAAGUGAUUAUUUACAUAGAGCAGGAAGGGCAGGGAGAGCUGGAAAGAAAGGAUUCAUUUACAGUUUGUAUCAUAAUAGCGAAUAAAGUGUAAUUGAUGAGUUAAGGAAAGCCAAUGAAGGUGAACGACCUAUAAGGAUUGAGGAGUCAGCUUAUAGUAAAACUAAUAAGGAGGAUUCACCAAAACAAAAGGUAGUCAAAUCACAAUCUUAAUAACAAUCACCCAAACCCAAGACUUAGAAACAUUAUGUCAAAGGGUAUAAGCCUGCUUAAAAAUAAGCUAAAUAGGAAAGAACUGCUUCUAAGAGUUACUUUAAAAAGGUUCAUGAAGGCAAAGUGUGA